GAAAUUCUAACCUCAGGAGCUUUCCCCCCAUAACCAACCAACAGACCAGCAAACCGCCCAACGCCGACUAACCGCUAAAUCGACAAGCAAAUACAGCAAAAAAAAAAUGGGUCGUCUUCAUUCCAAUGGAAAGGGUAUAUCCGCGAGCGCUAUCCCAUACUCUCGCACCCGCCCAACCUGGCUCAAGACCACCGCCGAGCAAGUCGAGGACAUGAUCUGCAAGCGGGCUAAGAAGGGUGAUAAACCUUCCGAGAUUGGCGUCUACCUCAGGGACCAGCACGGGAUUGCGCAGGUUAAGGUUGUUACUGGUAACAAGAUCCUCCGUAUCUUGAAGGCGCACGGCCUCGCACCAGAGAUUCCGGAAGAUCUCUAUUGGCUUAUCAAAAAGGCUGUCUCCGUGAGAAAGCACCUUGAGCGCAACCGAAAGGACAAGGACAGCAAGUUCCGCCUUAUUCUCAUCGAGUCUAGGAUUCACCGCUUGUCUCGUUACUACAAGACUGUUGGUGCUUUGCCUCCUACCUGGAAAUAUGAAUCUGCUACCGCCUCCACAUUAGUCGCUUAAUUUCGUAAUAAUGCUGAUGUGGUCCAAAUUGAAUUAAAAAGGUUUCAUCAUAGUAUAUAUUCCGCUGCGGUUUUUGAUGGGGCUCCCUCGGGUUGUGAAAUUGUUUGUGAAAUUGAUAUGGGCGAUAAACCUUUCAUUUCA